UGGACCGAGUUUUCAUCGCUGUUGGUUGUUAUGAUUGAUUGUUGUCUCGGGCGGUGGUACCGGGUGGUUCUGAACGUUCCGUGCGACAUGGAACUCCGAGGAAAAAGCUAGAGAAGCUGGCAACAGAACUUUUCAACACUUCAAACAGUCAACACCUCAGGAAAUGUUCAGAGCGAAAAAGUGCAAACCACGAAGGUCUCCUAAAAUGGAUCUCUUUAGGAAAAGGACCACCACUUCCGACUAUUCAGACCUCGCUUACAGAGAAGCAGUUUCAAAGCUUAAAUACUUACUAGCUGAAUCUUACACGCCCAUCACCGUCCAAAAAUUCACAACGGGAGGACCACUGUAUAAAUUACCUUUACUAAGCUCAUAUGAGCAUUUAGGAGGAUCUGAUUCGUCUAUUCGCAAAUAUCUAAAACCGAGAGCACUGAACGAAAAAAAACAAACAGAAUUAUCUACAAAAACACCACCUGAAUUUAUGUCCUACAUGAAACAACAAGAGGAAUACAUCGGACAUUUAGAAAAGGAAAGCCAAUCUUGCAGGGAUGAACUUUCAAAGAUGUUAGAAAAAAUAAGAGAUGUAAUUGCUGAAAAUGAAAAAUUGCGUGAAGCAUGGAAAACACAUAAUGGUUCGGGAAUCGAUGAUUCCGAAGAAGAAUCAGAAAUUUCAUACAAGGAUGGAAAGAAAAAAUACUAUAAACACAUAAUUCCUCCUAAUAUUGUGUUUGAAUCUCGAAUUAGUGAACUGGAAGCUCAAUUGACCCAGAGCAAAAUCGAGCUCCGGAAAGCACAAGACGAGGCCAAUUUUCUCAAAACGCAAUCGAAAAUUGAUUGCUCAUCGCACUAUCCACAGGAAAACAAUAAACAAAUUGAGGCCCUUCAAAGAGAAAGGGAUGAAUUAAAUGAAACAAUCUCUAAUCUCCAGUCACUCAUAAGUCAAUUAAGGGAUAAAGAAGCGUCUGCUACACAAAAAGUAAAAAGAAGCUUGGAUCUUGUUGACCAAGCUCACUUCGACAAGAACCAGGUAAUUGAUGCUUUGGAGUUGGAAGUUCGCCGUCUUAAAAAUGAUAUUGAUUGUAUGAACGAUAAGCAAAGGGAAAUAUUACAGGAUUCCACAAGAAGAGUCAAUGAAACAGAAAGAAGAUAUGCCAUGCAAAUAGAAAGGUUGAACAAUGAUUUGGCAACUCAGUGGGACACUACUAACAGGCUUAAUUUGGAACUGGACCGGAUUAGGCGGGCUGAGCAGGAACUGAGGAGAGACCUUGCACAAAAAAACUCAAUAAUAGAAGAUUUAAAGAAAGAACUUUUAACAAAGACAAGUAAUCUUCAAACCGAGGCAUUGACGGCAGGGGCAGAAAGAGAAACUUUGGAAUCGGAACUUACCAACUCAAAACUUGCGAUAGAAAGGGUUGAAAGAAACAGUAGGCAGGAAAUAGCCCGUCUACAAGCUGAAGUCACAUCCUUGAGGCAGAGGCUUGACAGAGCUGAUGGGGAUCUUCUUCAUUCUAGAAAAGAAAACCUACGACUCACUGACAACAUAGCAUCACUUGAAAAAGAAUUGGAGCUUGCAAAAACCGCUAAGGAGAAUGUCAAAGACACAAAAAGAAAUGACGAUCUUGCAGCAAUGAUCAAAGAAAUGGAUGCUAAGCAUGCCCUGAGUGUUUCCGAGCUUGAAGGCAUGAUCCAGUCACAGACGCAACUAAUGGAAAAACUAAAUAAUGAGUGCCAAAUGCUAACAGAACGGCUUGAAGAUUCUUCCGCUAGGCACAAGGAGGAAAUGGCCAGCCUACAAAGUAAUAUAGAAUAUCUUAAUAGUAAACUAGAAGCUCCUGUAAAUUAUGAUAAUCAAGAAUGGCGAGAUGAUGGAAUGGUGAAUAAUUAUGGUGAAGAUACAAGGCAAUAUGUAGGCACAACUGAAGAUGGUAGAGAAUUAUUGCAAGGCGACAAUUAUGAUCCAAACAUAAAUGGAGGGUACCCGCAAAAUGGCAAAUAUCAGGUGGAUGCAGAGUACCCUAAUGAUCAAGUGUAUGGAGGACAAAGGGAUGAUUAUGAAAGCGAGGCAUACCAACAAGGAUAUCCAGAAGGCGAAGCGUACCCACAAGAAUCUGCUUAUCAAGUCGAUCCCAAUUAUCAAACAAAACCUGAUACGUAUUCUGGAGACGCAAACAACCCAGCAGAUCCAAACACUUAUUUGGCCGAUACUUACAAAGAACAAACAGACUACACGACCGAUAACAAAUAUGAAACGAAUCAGGAUUACCCCACUACAGAGACAACCGAUUAUCAGCCUGAUGCGACAAAGUCUAUUCCAGAAGAAAACAUUACCAAAAGUGAUCCAGACCCAAACCAAGAUAUUGAAAAAGUAAACCAAAAUGUAAACCAAGAUAUUACACAAGUUUUGGGAGUAGAUGCAAAUGGAGGAACGGUUGUGGCACAGCAGGAAGAAUUCAUCCCACAAACUGGGCAAUAAUUAUUCAAAGACCUCAGUCACCACUUCUGUUAUUUCAUCUUAUUUUAUUCAUUAAUUUAUACAAAAUAUUAGGUGAUUUUAAUUCAAUUAUUUAUUGUUUAAGAAU